AUGACACGACAAGAGCUCACGAUGAUUAUUGCACAGUCAGUUUCUGCUUUCAAGCCUCUCAAUAUCAUCGAGGAGGAGGACGUAGAGAGCGAAGAGGAAAUCGACGAUAGCAAGGAGCUUCAGAUUGAGGAAGCUUUGAAACUCUAUCAGAGUGCUCUUAAGCUCCAUUCCCAGGGCCCCGGAUUCUUUGACGAAGCGGCGGCUACUUACCAGGAGCUUUUUAAGUCUGAGAUCUUCACUUAUCCAGAGGCUCUGUCUGAAUCUGCUUGGUUGGAACUGUAUGGUGGCGCAGAUGCUGAUGAUGAGCUCGAGGAUCUGCCCGAUGACCUUGAUGGCGUUGUCCCCAGCACAGACGGCACGCCAAGCUCACUACCACAAAUCUUGUAUCUAGCUCACAAAAACUACGGACAGUUUCAACUUGAUCAAAUCAGAUACCGCCUUUCCCGGAUCGAAAACAACCUUCAACUCCUGGAUGAUUCUCAAACAAACAAAGACAUCAAUUCUACCGCUGUCACCGGGCUCGAGAACCUUGCUGAAGCACUCGAGAAAGAUGAUACUGACUUGGAGCUUUGGCGACGAGUCGCUCGCCUCAGUGAAUAUCUUGGCAGUCGUAGAGCAGCAAGAUAUUGCCUGGAGUCUGUAGUCAACGAUGGACACGGUCCACAAAACACGCGAGAUUCCUUUGAGCUAGAGGAGAGGUUUGCUGCGGAACAACUUGAACUACUGUUACCGAAACUGGGAGAGACGUAUCCCGAAAGUCAUUCCCAAGGUAGUGUCGGGCGCAGAAAGGCAUUGGCUCCCCAGCUGAGACAGCAAAUUGACCCUUGUCCGUACUUACCUAGUAAUCACCUGCCUCGUCUCAUAGACCAAUACGAUCACAGAGCGAAGGAUGUAAAGAUCGUAGUACCGAGCCAAAGCUGGACUGCUAUCGGCAAAGCUAUUCUCUUUCAGAUGCAACAAGAGUCACUGGGUGACGUUAUUGUCGAAUCUGGUGCAAUAUAUAGGCUUGAGUUGCCGGGAUUCUCCAAGAUAUCCUCAAAAGCAUCUCCAACUCCUGUGGUAGAAGGACAAAAUGCGAUGACUCAGCCUACGCCUAUUCACCAACGGAGUCCUCCUGCGACAAUGCUGGUAGAUGAUGAUCACAUUAAGGCAGUAUCUCCUACAAGAGUUUCUAAGGACGAAGAGGACGCCGAGGUCAUUGUGUCUGAGCCCCCUUCAGCUGGUAUUGAAGGCGGGUUUAAUCAAGAAAGCGCUACCGAUGGCACUCUUGUACAAGUUGUUCCGAAAUCACCAGUCCUUAUUGGACCCGUUUCGCUCCCAACACGCAAGAGAUCAUCUGAUGAUGCAGAGAUCAACGACGCGAACGAUGCCAUCAGAUCUCGAAGCAAGCGUCUCAAGGCAAGAACGGAUUCGACCACAGUGAGGGGAGAGUCUGCCGAAGACUGGGCAAAGUGGUAUCACUCUCAACUCCAGAUGUAUGUCAAAGCUGAUGACCUGGCAUUUCAAUCUGUGGACACUCCACUCGCGAGACUUAAUUGCACUGGCAUCGGGUCAACCGAGCAAUUCAUGCAGAAUUUAUCACCAUCCCCUAAUCCAGCCCAAGCUGGUUUACAAUACCCUGAAGCAAGCGCCCUGCGGGCGCUUCGCAGGUUGCUUGACUCGUGGGAUCUAUCAAAAAGUCGUGCUUUCCUAUCUGGUGGCGGACUACAGGAUCCCACUAAAGGCUCCCAGGUCCUAGGUCUCACGACUUUCUUGGAGCACUCCAUGCGGGACACCCAACAGCAUAGCCGCCAGACACCGCUGCAAGAUGAUCACGAGUUGACUGCAUGUGUGGACACAAUCAACGAAAGCUCUGCAGACGGACUCGAUAAUCUAGCUCUCGGUUGGCUGGUGCAGCUUCUGACAUCGAAGGACUCUACAGGAUAUAACUCAAUCUAUAUAACUCACGUGUGGCCCGACGCACUCAAAGAGACUAUCGUCCAACUACUCAUACAGUCUGAUGAGUUCAUUUACGGCAUUUUGAACGAACUUGUAGAAAGCGCAGAUCAUCAGUUGAUACAAUCUAUAUUUGAGCUACAUCUGGACAUAUAUGGGCGAAUCACAAAUCCAAGCAGUGUUGUCGACGAUACAACUCGUACAUUUCAGCGUGACAGACUCUGUCGAUGGGCCUCUCUCGCUAGUACUAUCGUCCACAGCGUACCGGAAAGGGGGGACGCAAUCGCGGACCCGCUUACUGCCCGGUUCCUUUGGUCUAUGAUUGUGUGCAACAAUUUACUUGAGCCAACGCUCAGAGAGGAUACUGUGGCCUGCUACCGAGAUCUCAUCAAAACAUUUCGGGAAGUGGCGCGGGGCGACGUGGAACCCUUGACGAUAGGACUAGUCAACAAUGCUUUGAUGCCAGAGAUAUCAAUUGCCGCAGCUGAAAGAGAAAUUGCCCGACUGACUACGAUGGAUUUCUUCACGAGUAUAUUCAGCUCCGAGGAUGAGCAUGCUCUCACAGUGAUUGAGAAGUUAGAGCCGUUCCUUGUCUUGACCACCGGUCGGAAUAGCCAAGGAGAUGAUCCAAGCACACCAGAGGAAGAAAGCAAUGCACCUGACACAUUUUUACAAGCACUUCGCUUUCUAGAUCAAGCGAGCGUCUCUUUGAAAUUGUUCUUGUGGCAGAAACUCCGGGAUGCCUACGGUGUCAUCAAUUAUCCGCCGAUGAUAUUGGCUUGUAACCUCCGAAGCAUGAGCUUGAUCGUCCAGCACUUGAGCUCAGACAUGUACUCCGGGACCGUUCGUCAGGCGAACGCAGAAUCUUACCUUCAAUGGUUGCACAAGCUCGACGAGCUGCUUACGCAGGUUGUAGCAGUCAUGUUGACUGAUGCAAAAGCUUUCGAUUGUAUCGAUUAUGAUCACUUGCUAUCGAUGUUGACUACUGGCGCCUCAUUUCUCAAGAUCCUCCACGUGUAUGCCAUGUGGGAAGACUCCAUUAGGGUCGGCCAAAUCAUUGCUCCAGUGCAACCUACACCAACAGCUGCCAGACAACAGCUCAAGUCUGCUGAGAAAUUUCGAGACAUGAUCGUGAAAGCGUGGACUUUACAGUACCUACUGUUGAGAGAGGCCACGGUCCAGAAUCGUAGCGUCUUUGAUCAGCCAGAUGAGGCCCUCUUGAGCUACCUGAAAACCGUACACUACGCCUUGGGCCUAAAGAAUUAUUGUAGCCUUGCGAAUAAAAUGCUACUAAAACUCGCAAAGUCCGAGAUGUUGAGAAUGAGGCCAAGCGCAGGCUGGGAUAGUGAUCUGCCACAGAUCAUAUUCGACCUCCAUGGUUUGAGAAUAUCCACCAGUAAUGAAGACAUCCAAGACCACAGCUGCGAAGGGACAGAUAUUGACAGAAAUACCGCUUGCGAGCUCCUUGACAUGGUCUUGUUACAAGUAAAUCGUAUCAGUAUGAAAGAGUUCCUUCGAAGUGAUCUAAGAUUCGCUGUGGACAAGCUACAACAAAAGAUCAAAGUACCAAACAUACUGAAUGCCGUUGUCCGGUCAUUCAACAUGAAGAUUGUUAAAAGAUAUCUUUCAUCUGCCAUCAACCCCAUUGACCUCUUCAGGUCACUACGCGGCAUUGGUGAUCUAUGCUGCACGGCAUCUAAGCCUGAGGGAUGGGAGCUUGCCGAGAAAGGGUGGUAUUUCCUCUUAGGCCUCAUUGCUCUUAGCAAAUUUCGCUUCCAGAAAAGAACCUCAGCUGUUUCUACGGAGGAUCUGCAAAACGCAAUCAUGUACUUCAAGCUUGACCUUGAAUAUGGCACGGAAAAGUGGGAAACAUGGUAUAGGCUGGGCCAGGUAUAUGAUACACUUUUGGAUGAACAGACCACGUGGUCGGCAGACAAGCUGGAGAACGAUCAGUCAAGUCUUGUGGAGUUUCAACGACAAGCUAUACUAUGUUAUAUCAUGGCCGUUGCCAAUGCAAAUCGACUUGAGGACCCAUCCUUUGAAGACUCAGCUAAGAUCGCUGAUCUAUACAAGGAUUUUGGCAUCCGCUUGUUUGCUUCGACGCGGGAGCCAUUCUCUAUGCGCGUAUUUGCGUUGGAUGAAUUCGAGCGGCCAUAUAGCAGUCGAAUGGAGAACAUGGGCAUGUAUCAAAAACAGCCUUUCACGCCACUGAAUCUUUACUCCGCCUGGAAAUUUGCAAGUGCGCUGCUUCGAAAGGCAAGCUUGCAAAAGGCCGACGACUGGACUACCUUAUACGCUCUUGGAAAGGUUCUCUGGAAGAUGCACAGUUCUCAUGAUGCUGUCUUGGGUAGCGCAAAACGCAUUCCGUACCGAAAUGUUACCAACGUGUUUGUUCAGGCUGUUCGAUGCGUUCCUGAGAGGAAAGACAUUAAACAUCCAGACAAAGAUCCGAUUCUUGAGCCCCACUACAAACUCCUUUCAGUCACGCACAAGCUUAUUCGCCAAGGUGUUUGUUCAGUCCAGGAUGGGUGCCGAAUUGUCAAGGCAAGCUCCUACGCUCAGAAAGUGCCGGAAGUUGAAGAUCCGGAUGAGUGGCUCGAGUUCAUGUUUGAGGUACUGAAGGCGUUAAGGUCUGCUGACAAGUCUAACUGGCACCAUCGUAUGGCAUACAGAGCCGCUAUGACCAUCUUCGAGACGGACCCGAAUGACCCUCGAUCAUGGCUAGGAGCAAAACAUGAGCUGAUGCAGCAGAUUUUCACCAAGACGAUGACUUACCAGGUCUGGAAGCCCGAGAACGAGCGAUCCGGAAGACACUUUGUCUACACAGGUCGCUAUGUACAGUUCAUCAUGCAGCUACAGUUCAAUUUAAGAGACAAGGAAGGGAUUGAGGCUCUUGCGAAGAAAGUUCGCAAGAAGAGCGGUGACUUCAUCAACCACGCUGCUAUUUGGCAAGAUCUUGGUAAUGCCUACCUUUCACUAUUACGGCACCGCGUGGAGGAGCAAAUACGGUUCCCGACUACAGAUUUCGAAGCCAACACUCUUCUUAAGAUGGAUCCGCAAGGGUUCCAAGCAAACGCAGCUAGGAUAGAGGCCUGGAUCAACAGUUCAGCGGACCAGUGCCGACAGCUUGAUAUCAUGCGAGACUGUUUUGAGUUCAAGAAGCUGAAUCUCGGCCUACUCGACGUCAAGGUAAUCGAACUACUAAUCGCAGACAUUUACGCCGUCAUCUACGAGCAAAAUGCAGAGAGGCUCAAAUACGAGGAGAAAGAGCAAGAAAACCGCGUCCGCAUGCGCAUGGACAACAUCCUCAGCAACGAAACCCCCGAGGGCUCCUCCGCCAAUGCACCCAUAGACCUGAAUGGUAACGCAACACCAACAACGACAACACAAGAGCCUGCGCCACCAAAGCGCCGAGUCAAUAUCAUCACGCACCGCGAAGUCCUACGCAAAGCCGAAGCAUUGAUGACCAAACCUCCACCCAUCGCCACACCCAAGCCUGCAGCCAAGACGCUCCCCGCAAUGGCAGAAGCCAACGGAAAGUCGCCCAGUAUUGCUGUUCUCGUGCCACCGCCCGACGCGGAUAAGGAGAUCAUCAGCGUGCCAGAUUCGCCUCAAAGCGUUCAUGACAGCGCUGAUGACGAGAGCGAGCUCAGCGAGGUUGAUGAGGAUGACGAUACGAUAUCCGGGGGCGAUGAGCAGCCUGAGGAGAACAAGCAGCGGCCUAUGUUCCCGAAUCUUGCGAAUGAUGAGAAUGAGGGGUUCGGAAAUGGUGGGGGGGAUGAGGUUGAGCGGUAUGCGGAGGAGCUUGAUCGGGCUGGUGAUGCGAGUGAGGGUGGAAGGGAGGAUAGUGAGAGCCCGGAGAUGGAGUUUGUGAUUGAGGAGAAGGGGGAGGGGCCGGGGGCGGGGCAGGCUGUGGGGAACAAUUGGGGCGGGGAGGUAAAUCCGGAGGCGAGGAAGGCGGCUGAGCCGGAUAUUGAAAUGGAAGUAGAGGGAGAACGAGCAGAUAAUAUGGAGAUGUGA